GGCUGAGGGAGGGCGGCGUGGCUAUCGCGAUAGCUGGGCGGCCGGGACGCCAUCCUGCCCAUCCGCGUUGCGUAGGUUGCUGAGCCCACCGGCCGGUCGGGAGUGAGGAGGAGCUUCUUUCCCUCUGUCCUUCUUUCCCGGUAGAAGCUCCCGCCGGGGCACGUCGAGGGGUGUGUGAGGGUCUCCCGGUUUGAUUUGAAUAAAAGAUGGACUGGACCGGAAAACACAAUGGGCCAAAUGAUACAACUAAUGAUGGAACAGUGGUACGACUUCGAGGCUUGCCAUUUGGCUGCAGCAAAGAAGAGAUUGUUCAGUUUUUCCAAGGGUUGGAAAUCGUGCCAAAUGGGAUAACAUUGACGCUGGACUACCAGGGGAGAAGCACAGGGGAGGCCUUCGUGCAGUUUGCUUCAAAGGAGAUAGCAGAAAAUGCUCUGGGGAAACACAAGGAAAGAAUAGGGCACAGAUAUAUUGAAAUCUUCAAAAGUAGUAAGAGCGAAAUCAGAGGAUUCUGUGACAUGCCAAGAAGAAUGAUGGGACAACAACGACCUGGACCAUAUGAUAGACCAUUAGGAGGAAGAGGGGGUUAUUAUGGAGCUGGGCGUGGAAGUAUGUAUGACAGAAUGCGUCGAGGAGGUGGUGGAUAUGACGGUGGAUAUGGUGGCUUUGAUGAUUAUGGUGGCUAUAAUAACUAUGGCUAUGGAAAUGAUGGCUAUGAUGACAGAAUGAGGGAUGGGAGAGGAUUUUUAACAGGCAUGGGAGGACAUGGCUACGGUGGAGAUGCUGGCUCAGGUUUCCAUGGUGGCGGUCAUUUUGUUCACAUGAGAGGACUGCCUUUUCGAGCAACAGAAAAUGAUAUUGCCAAUUUUUUCUCACCAUUGAAUCCGAUACGAGUUCACAUUGAUAUUGGGGCAGAUGGAAGAGCCACAGGAGAGGCAGAUGUGGAAUUCGUCACACAUGAGGAUGCAGUAGCUGCCAUGUCUAAGGAUAAAAACCACAUGCAGCAUCGGUAUAUCGAACUAUUUCUGAAUUCAACUGCUGGAGGUGGCUCUGGAAUGGGAGGCUACGGCAGAGAUGGAAUGGAUCAGGGUUAUGGCUCCGUUGGGAGAAUGGGAAUGGGUAGCAAUUACAGCGGCGGAUACGGAACUCCUGAUGGCCUGGGAGGAUAUAGUAUGUAUGCGUGACCUUGUGUCAAUUGUUUGCAGGUCGUGGCAGUGGAAAUAGUGGAGGAUACUAUGGGCAAGGCAGUAUGGGUGGAGGAGGCUGGCGUGGAAUGUAUUGAAGGAUAGCCUUGCUUCUGCAAAACAUCCGGGAAGAAACAGUCUCUGGUCUCCUAGACUUUCUUACAAAAUUUAAUUUCUUUUGUAUUUUAAGAACUUUAUAAUGACUGAAGGAAUGUGUUUUCACAAUAUUAUUUGGUAAGCAACAGAUUGUGAUGGGAAAAUCUGUUUUCUGUAGGUUUUAUUUGUUGCAUACUCUGACUUUAAAUAAAUUUUUAUAUUCAAACCACUGAUGUUGAUACUUUUUAUACUAGUUACUCCUAAGGAUGUAUUACAUAUUCAAGACUACAGUCGGUUUAAGAUGUUGUACUAUGGUUCAAUAAAGGUGGUUGUACUGUAACUCCUAUGAACACUGAUUCAGUUCUAUGUAAUUUUGGUGUAGUGAAUGAGUUUGAAAAAUUCACUUGUUUAAGGGGAAAAAGGUAGACGAAUAGAUUAGUUUGUUUAGUAACAAUCUUUCCUAAACCCUUUUGAUAAGCUGUAUGUAGUAAUUUCUCAGCGCGGUGUAAAGCUCCGGAGGCUAAAAGUCCUUGUUGUGGCUUCCUUCCUCCUCAUCUGCAGCUGCCUGAAGGAGCAGUGCCCGAGGCUCCUGCCUCCCAAAACCGGGCACCACCACCGAUUGCCACGCUUUGCUGUAGAGCUGUAGGUACCGCCUCUCACACCUGGAACUUGCCAAGCAAACGAAACCACUAGGCACAGCUUUUAGCUAACAUGAAAUAGGUCAAAUAGGAGUUAAUCCCAAACUAUCUACUUGAUGGUUGGGUUUGUUUUGGUUUUUUCACAAACGCUGCUUCUGGGAAGAGGGGGGGGGGAUUUGGAAGCAGCUUUUUUUCUUCAGUGAAAUUAUUGUAUUGAAAUAUGGUUCAGCUUUUUUUUUUUGGCUGCACAUGGCUGAUGUGUCUGUAUUUGUUCCGAACUUGACAAGCCAUUAAAUGGGUGAGCUCGUUCGAAGCAAAGCAUCUCUAAAAUAACUACAAGCCCAACACUUGUGAAAUAACACAAAACCCCACCAGGCUGAUCAAACUUUUUGCGCAUUUGUGACAUGUAAGAUAUGUAAGAAACUAUUGUUUGAAGACACUUAACAUACCUGAUGUGUAAUGAAAAAAAAAGGUAUUUAUUCUUCUGAGCCAGUGUGAUCUCCCAAAUUAACUGCUUUGUCCUCAAUGCCUCCCUUAAAAUUGUCAAAUGUGAUCUUGGGUAUUGAAAAGUCUGUCACCUGUUUUGCUAGUACUGUGUUAUAUCUGUAAUAAAUGUCUUCUUGUGGGAGA